GAUAUAGAGUUAAAAGAUUUAGUUUUUAUAGUAUUAAGCCAACCUAAUACUUAUCAUAAACAAAGAGCAAAAUUAUUUACUGAUCAUUUUCAAAACCAAUUGACAGAACUAUCACAGGAAAAUAAACCAGAAGUAUAUUUGUUGCAUAAAAAAUGGCCGUCAACUGGAAGUUGGACUAUUCUGUCUAUAAUUCAGAGUCUCAAUGAAUUAUUUAAAGAUAAGGCCUGGAUUAUUUUUGUUGAAGAAGAAACUAGAAUAGAUUUAAAGAGAAUACUACAAGUUUUAGAAAAAUAUUCUCACAAGCAAAAAUAUUUUCUUGGUAAAGCCUUAUAUGAUAAAAGUGCUACCAUUAUUCACCAUUUUGCAUUUUUUGAAGAUCCAACAGUAUUUAAAUAUCCUGAUCCUGCAGCAGGGAUGUUUUUUAGUCAGGGUCUAUUACAAAGCCUAUCAAAACGUCUGUCUAAAGAUGAAAUCAAAACUGGUUUUACAAUAGAUUUUAAACAUGAGUUAGCAAUGUUUAUUAACAAUGAAAAUAAAGGGGUUAAUUUAACAGAUGUAAAAGAAUUCUGUACAAUAUCUGAUGAUAAAGAUUGUGUAACAACAUCACCAUUUAUAUUUCCUAAAUGUGGACCAGCUAUACCAGAAGAAGAUUUAUAUAUUGGAGUUAAAACUUGUGAAAAAUUUCAUAAAGACAGAAUACCAGUGGUAAAAGGAACCUGGGGUAAAGAAAAUAUAGAUACAGAAUAUUUUAGUGAGACAGAAGAUAGCUCUAUACCUACCAUAAAUCUCGGUGUAGCUAAUACUGAGAGAGGACAUUGUGAGAAGACUAUAUCUAUCAUUAGAAGAUUUAUUAAUGAAGAUAAAUAUAAAAAUAAAAAAUGGUUAUUAAUAGCUGAUGAUGAUACUGUAAUAAAUCUGAAAAGAUUACGACGUCUGCUGUCUUGUUAUAAUUCAGAAGAUAAAAUAGCUCUUGGUGAAAGAUAUGGUUAUGGUGUAUCAAAAGGUUUUGGUUAUGAUUACAUCACAGGGGGUGGGGGAAUGAUUUUUAGUCGACCUGUUGCUAAUUUUAUAUCUGAGAAGUGUUCAUGUCCAUCUAUAGAUUCACCUGAUGAUAUGAUUAUAGGAAUGUGUUUAAAUAGAUAUCAUAUACCUAUAACACAUAGUAGAUAUAUACAUCAGGCUAGACCAGAAGAUUACAGUGAAGAGUUUCUGUCCAACCAACUUCCUGUCUCCUUUCACAAACACUGGAAUGUCGACCCUUAUAAAGUUUAUCAGUUAUUAAUGGAAGGUGAUUUACCAGAACACGAUGAAUUAUAG